AUGAAAUCGCUAAAAAGCAGUUCAUAUAUUGAGCCAGCUGAAGCAGCAAUCCCCAUUUCUGAGCGAAAAGAGCUUCCUCUUUUAACAUCUAACACCAAUACAAAUUUUCAGAGAGUUCGGCUUCCAAGGCUUCAUAAAGCAACAAAAAGGUCUAAAACUUCAAAUGCGAAGCAUAAGGGCAAUCCAAAAGAGUUAAAUAAACAAAAUAAGUAUGAUUGUUUUGUUGAUCAGGUGCUUGACUUACAAACUUGCGUCAAAAAAACAAAUAUUGAAUGUUUCGGGCGAAUGAAAAAGCCAUUCAGAUGUCUUAGUAGGCAGAAAAGCUUAAAAAUUAAUGAAAAUGCUAGAAGAGAAGCAGAGCCGCCUUCUACUGCAAGCUCUGAUAAUAAUGACAUUGUAGCAAAACCUGCAACAAAACAAUUUUACAAAAUGACAAAAAGAGUGCAGUUUAAAAGAAGACUUGAAAUGGCCCAAAAAUGCUUAGUCCGAUGUGCAAAAAUUAAAAAAAUUUUUUUUAAAAAAACAUUCCUUUGCGAAUUUCUUUUCUCAAAAAAAAAAUUUAAUAUUUAUUAGGGAAAGAAAUUAGUAAUAUUAGGCUUCGAAGGCGUUUUAGGAGAUGUUUUCAAGCUAAGUCUAUGAGAUAAAGGACCAAUGAAAUUAUAUUUAAGAAGAGAAGCAGUAAAAGGCGUUAAAAAAUUAACUGAAGAUUAUCAAGUAGUUUUAUUUGUUCAAUCUUCAAGAGCAAGAACUUCGAAAUUAGUCGAAUUUUUUGCAAGUAAAAAUGUGCAUUUCGAUGGGGUAUAUAGAGCAAAAAAUAGCAGAGAUUUUGAAAAAGACCUUAAUCUGAAAAGAUAUCAAAAAGUCAAAAAAAAAUAAAAUUAAAGAACUUAAAGUCUCCAGAUUUGAUGCUUCCGUACGCUUGAGACCAUCGGAAUCUGCUUGCUGGAGGAAUUCAGUCGCCUGAACUUUGUUUCAAUAGUGGUCAACUCCCAGAAUCUGGGGUUUGACCGACAUCCCUAGUCCAGACGGGCUAGAAAGACCCUUCUUGCUCCACGUCAUCGGGUGCUAUGGAGAUGAAGAUCAACCCUAUGCCUCAUAUUGGCCACCUUGAAGGAGAUGACACCUAGGAAAAAAGAGCCGCAGCACUCUAGAAUCGGCAAGGAAAGAACCCGUGGUCUAAAAGCCAUGCGGAUAGCCAAUACCUGGGACUUAAUGGCCACCAGCUUGCUCUCAAGGCUUUAACACUCCAUAUGGCCGCUCUAGACAAGCUAAGGGUUAUGAUUAAAGGGCCUGAGCCUUAGUUUAGGCUAUAAAACUAUUCUGGCGCCCAAGUGGUGCGUCGUCAAGGGCAUAUCCCUUUGCCACCGCUAUAUUAAUUCUCAGUCAAAAAAAAGGAAUUUAAAAUAUUCAGAGUUUAUUCAUGAUUAUUCACAAAUUGCUCUGGAUUUUGGUUUGCAACACGAAACACUUGAAAAAAUCUUGAUUGUUUCAAGCUUAAGCUUGGAUUUCGAAGAAAUCGAAAAUACAACAGGAAAAGAUUUAUUAUUUAGAAAAUAUUCUCACAACUUGUGUCAUUUUCUCUGCAAAGCUGCUCCAAACCAUAAAAAUACAUCAGUGCCUUUGCCUAUAUCUCUUUUAGUUCCUGAUCCUAGAGCAAGUCCUAAUUUUUCAGGGUGCUCUUUUAUGGAAAUUGUUAAUUCGCUGAAUUUUCUUUCCUCAUUUUCUGAUCGGGGGGAGGAUAAUGAAUGCUCCUGGUUUGAUGGAUUUAUGCAGUUAAAAAUAUCCUAUUUCUGCAGUCUUUUUAUUAUAAAAAUAAAGAAAUUAAUUAGUGCUUCAUUAUUUGCUAAUGGUAUAAAUCCUCAGCCAGGAUAUCAAAUUGUUGAGACUAGCUUUUUACAAUUUUCAUUGGCAAAAGAGAAACUUGAGGUAAAUAAAGAAAAAAUGAUGGAAUAUAUAGAUAAACAAAUGAGUAAAAGCAGCAAUGACCUUAAUUUAUUAGAAAAUAUGAGCCUAUGGGCAAGUCCUCAAAAUAAAAAUAGAUGUAGAUGUCCCAAUGAUAUGAAAGAGGAUUGCAUUAUAAAAGAGUGCGCAUCAUGUAGCAGUGAAAGAGCUUUACGAAAUUAUUCUAUAAAUGGCCAAGAAAUUCCAAAUUCAUUCUUACUCCCCACACCUCCGUGAGCGAACAAAACCAUUGGAAAAAUCCCUAUUUUGUGCCCAAAAACCCACCCUCCGUAAGCAAUCAAAAUGUUUUUAAUAUUAAAAUUUUUUAUGAAAAAACAUUUUGAUAUAUAAAUGUAAUUAUUAUAAUGAAAUCUCUAGCUAAUUCUAUUUAAUUUUAAACAGCUUGCAUUUUAAAGCACAAAUUUCGCAAAUUAAAUUAAUUUUUGGUUCUCAAUUUUUACAAAUUGGAAUUAUAUAAAUUUUUAAACAAAAAAAAAUAACCCCCCUUUGUGAGUAAACAAAAUUUUUUAUCUAGCUCACGGAAGGGGGGAGUUAAAAAAACAAGUUUAUCGUUUUUAAUUGUCCAACUACCUAUCCAUAUCGGUAUGUUCAUGACUAUAAAGGCACAACAAAAAGUAAUUUAAUAAAUAUAACGAUAAUGUAA